AUGAAGGGGCUUCUGCUCCUAUGUCUGCUCCUCCUGGUUGGAGGUCAAAGGUCAUUGGCAUGCCCUCACCCUUGCACCUGUGAUGACAAACAGGUGAACUGCAGCGGCAAGUCUCUCACCUCUGCUUCACUGCCUACACAUUUCCCUGAUGGUAUUACCGAGCUCCACCUCCACAACAACCAUCUCACCCACCUCCCUAACGGGAUCCUGGAUAGUCAGACCUCGCUGCGCUCCAUCUCCCUUCAUGGUAACUCCUGGGUGUGCGACUGUGGUAUCCUGUACCUGCGGGCCUGGCUGCUGCGCCAGCCUGCCAGCGUCACGUCACACCUGUCUGUCUCCUGCAGCUCUCCUCCAAGCCUGAGAGGGCGGCAGGUGGUGUCUUUGUCUGAGCAGGAGAUCCUGGAGUCCUGUCACUACUGGUACUGUGACCUGGCUCUGACCUCGCAGGUGUGUCUGUUUGUGUUUGUGGUGGUGCAGGCUGCUCUGUUGGUGGCUCUGCUUGUGUUCCUAAGGAAGUUUGAGAGGCUCUUCAAAGAGGCGAGGAGGACGACGGAGGAGAGCUUUACAGCGGGGGAGAGUCAGAAGGAGAACGACUACACAACUUUAAGGGACAGCGACAUCUGA